UUAGCAUAGACUCUAAGUAGUUGAAAUUAGUAGAGCAGCACAUGAUACCCCAAAAAAAAAUGGAACAAAGCUAUAGUACCCAAAACACACCAAAACAUUUGUAGAAAUUGCAAGGCAACACAAUGAAAUGAAAUGGCAGAAAGUGCAGUUUCAUUUGUUUUGCAACAGCUGUACGAACAUGUAAAAGAAGAAGGAAGAUUGUUGAAAGGGCUGAGAAAUGAUUUUGCAGACAUCAAAGAUGAAUUAGAGAGCAUCAAAGCCUUCCUAAAGGAUGCAGAUAGAAGAGCUGGAGAUGAAGGAGACACCAAUGAAGGAGUAAAAACAUGGGUGAAGAAGUUGAGAGAAGUAUCCUUUUGUAUCGAAGAUGUAAUUGAUAAAUAUAUCAUGGAUGUGGCACAUGUACACCCUCAUCCACCAUUCAAAGCCUCACUCCUAAAGAUUGCUCACCCAAUCAAAACCUUCAAGUCACGUCAUCGGAUUGCAUCUGAGAUUCAAGAUAUCAAGUCAUCAGUUCGAGGAAUCAAGGAAAGGAGUGAAAGGUACAAGUUUCAAUCUUCACUUGAAGACGGGUCAUCAUCCUCAAGCAACUCUAGAGGGGCAAAAUAUAUGAUCAAAUGGGGUGACCCACGAAUGGCUUCCCAUUUCAUUGAAGAAACUGAAGUUGUGGGAUUCGAAUCCCCAUGUGAUGAAUUGAUUGAUUGCUUAAUAAAAGGAACCAACCAACGCUCAUUGAUUUCCGUGGUAGGCAUGGGAGGACUCGGAAAAACCACUCUUGCCAAACAUGUCUUUGACAAUCAACAAGUGAAAGGACACUUCCAUUGUCGUUCUUUCGUCACAGUUUCUCAAUCAUACACUGUGAGGGAGUUACUAAUAGAUAUGAUAAAAAAAUUAUGCAAGGAUGCCAACGAGCCACUUCCAAAAGGGCUACACAAGAUGGAUGACAACACUUUAGUUGCAGAAGUGAGGCGAUACCUUCUGUCAAAGAGGUAUUUGGUAUUGUUUGAUGAUGUGUGGAAAGAAAACUUUUGGGAUGAGAUUGAGCAUGCCUUGCCUAAUAACGACAAAGGUGGUAGAAUCAUAAUCACCACUAGAAUGUUGCACGUUGCUGAGUAUUUUAAGAAAUCAGUUCUUGUUCAUGUUCAUCAACUAAAACAUUUACCUCAAGAAAAAGCAUGGGAACUUUUCUGCAAGAAGGCAUUCAGAUUUGAGACUAGUGAGCGAUGUCCAAGUGAGCUUGAGAAUAUGUCAAGGGAAAUUGUCAAAAAAUGUGGAGGGCUACCACUAGCAAUUGUUGCCAUUGGUGGUCUUUUGUCAACAAAAGUAAAAACCAUGUUUGAGUGGAGAAAGGUGUGUCAGAAUCUGAGAAUGGAGUUAGAGAGGAAUGCACACUUGACUAGUUUAACAAGGAUUCUGUCUCUUAGUUAUGAUGAUCUUCCUCACAAUUUGAAGUCAUGCAUGUUGUAUUUUGGUUUGUAUCCGGAGGACUACACCAUCAAACGUAAGAGAUUGACAAGGCAAUGGAUGGCUGAAGGGUUCAUAAAAAAUGAAGAGAGAAGGCCUAUGGAGGAGGUUGCUGAAGAGUACUUAACACAGUUAAUACACAGAAGCUUGGUUCAAGUCACUAGAGUUGGCUUUGAUGGUAAAGUUAAAAGUUGUCAAGUCCAUGAUUUAUUACGUGAAGUCAUCAUAAGAAAAAUGAAGGAUUUAAGUUUUUGCCACUUAAUGCAUGAAGAUGAUGAGCUAGACACUGUUGGAAUAACUAGACGCUUUUCUAUAGCUACUUGUUCCAACAAUGUAUUAAGAAGGACUAGUAACUCAGGCAUUCGGGCUGUUUUUGUUUUUAACAAAAGUGAAAUAUUUCCCAAGAGUUUUGUGGGUGAAUUAUCUGCCAAGUUCAAGCUUUUGAAAGUACUUGAUUUUGAAAGUACUUUGUUGAAUCAUGUUCCCAACAACUUGGGGAAUCUUUUUCACCUAAGGUACUUAAACUUGAGUCAUACAAAAGUAGAGGUUCUUCCUAGAUCCAUUGGUAACUUGUUGAACUUAGAAACCUUGGAUCUAAGACAAACCCAUGUGCAUGUGCUACCGAGAGAGAUAAACAACCUCACAAAGUUAAGACUUCUUCCAGUCUACUACAGAAAAUAUGAAGAGCAAUACUUUAUGUUGAAUUUCACAAUUGGGGUGAAAAUGCAAAGGGGUAUUGGAUGCUUGAAAUCCUUACAAAAGCUUUACUUUUUGGAGGCUGAUCAUGGUGGAUUGGACCUCAUACAAGAGCUCAAAAUGUUGAAACAGUUAAGGAAGUUAGGCAUAAGACGUGUAAAAGCAGAAUAUGCAACUGCCAUAUCAACUGCAAUAGGAGAGAUGAACCAUCUUGAAUCUCUCAAUGUUGGUGCUAUAGCUGAGGAUGAAAUCAUUGACUUGGAUUUUGCAUCGCCACCACCCCAUCUUCGUGUGUUGAACUUAAAAUCUAGAGUCACAAAGUUGCCUGAGUGGAUUCCAAAACUUGAGUAUCUUGUGAAGUUGAGGCUUGGUUUAUCAAACUUGGAACAAGAUCCACUAGACUCACUAAAAGACUUGCCAAAUCUGUUGCGGCUGAACAUGUGGGACAAUGCUUAUGUUGGUGAAAGAUUGCAUUUUCAAAUAGGAGGAUUUCCAAAGUUGAAGGAGCUGGAUCUUACUCGAUUAAGCAGAUUAAAUUCUGUGUCCAUUGAGCAAGGGGCUUUGCUUGGUCUUGAACACUUUAGAUUUAAAGAUAACCCUGAAAUGAAGGUGGUACCAUGUGAUCUCAAACACUUGGAAAACCUUAACUUUCUGGGUUUUGCUGAUAUGCCAAGUGAAUUAGUAGAAAGCAUUGAUCCAGAAAAAGGUGGGCAACAUUAUUCAAUUAUCAAGCAUGUUCCCGUUGUGCUUAUUCGCCAGAAUGUGGGUCCAGGAUUUCGUGACUAUGACUUGCGCCCUAUUCCCACUACAUCGCCAAGAGUCUAAAGGUGGUUGAGUGCUUCUUAAAAGGUGUAGGAGGCCAAGUCAAGGAAAGUCAACUUGAAGGCUUUGGUGGUUGCUUAGGGAGCUUGUUUUCUCUUGGUGGCAAGACUCUUGAAAACACCUAAGAAGUGACCAUCAUCAAGGUUGCUUCUAAAGAGGAGUGAAACACAUUGAGAGGUUGCAAGUUAGGUGGCUGAAUUGGAGCAAGAAGGAGCAAAAUUGUUUGUGAAAAUUUUGUGAAGGAAUUAGUAACAAAUUUAGUGACGGAAAUUUGUC